AUGUUUGAAGUAUUUGUAAAGUUUAAGGCUUGGUGUGCCAAGGUAGAGAAUCAGACGGGGAGAAAGAUCAAAGUCUUACGGACUAACAAUGGUACAGAAUUUAAGAAUUCUAAAUUUGGUCAAUUUUGUAAUGAGCAUAACAUUCAACGUCAUUAUACGGUGAAGAAAACUCCGCAGCAAAAUGGUGUUGCUGAACGAAUGAACCACACGAUUAUUGAUAGAGUACGGUGUUUACGGUUAAAUGUCGACUUGUCCAAAAAAAAUUGGACAGAAGUUAUGAGUACGGUAAUUUAUUUGAUGACUAAAUCACUAAACUCUACUCUUUAUGAGAAGGUUGUUGAAGAGAUAUGAAUUGAAAAUCAUAUUGACUAUUCGAAUUUAUAUAUAUUUGGAUGUCUAUGAUAUGUUCUUACACCUACUAAUGAGAGAUUGAAGUUGGAUCCGAAGUCGAAGAAAUGUGAAGAAAGUAGAAGGUUUAAGAAUCUGAUAAUACUCAAGUUGUACACAUAGCAAGACUAGAGGUGGAGAUUGUGCAAAGUCCUAGUUCUGUUGUAAGUGAAGAUCGAGAUGUAGAAUCAUCAAAUGUUCCUCAUUAUAUUACCACUAGACGGAGUAGGCGUAAAGUAAUGCCUCUUACUCAUCUUGAUGAUUAUGUUACUUUUGUAUUAUUUACAAGAGAUGACCAGCCUAUAAUUUUUCAAGAGGCAAUUAAUUAUCUUAAAAAAGAGAAGUGGAUGUAGAUGAUGUUUGAGGAGCAAGCAUCUUUAGACAAGAACCACACUUGAGAAUGGAUAGAUCUUCUUAUAGAGAAAUGAGCUAUUAGGUGCAAAUAAGUGUACAAGAAGAAGUCAUCAAUGAUUGAUGAUAAUCAGCCUCAAUACAAGGCAAGACUUAUUGCAAAAGACUUUACACAGAAGUAGAGAAUUGAUUACAUAGAAAUGUUUUUACCUGUUGUGAAGCACACGUUUAUUCGCUUGAUAUUAGUCAUUGUCGCACAUAAAAAUACGAAGCUUGAGUAGUUAGAUGUGAAGACGAAAUUCUUUCAUGGAGAUUUAGAAGAGACUAUUUACAUACAACAGUUAGAGAGUUUCAUUGUGUAGGGGUUAGAAUGUCUUAUUUGUCAACUGAAGAAGUCUCUUUAUGGUGUGAAGUAUAUAUCAAGGUAAUAGUAUAAGAAGUUUGACUCUUAUAUGUUGAAGAUUGACUUUACAAUGUGUGAUUUCAACUAUUGUAUUUAUAUGAGGACUUGUGAUGAUGGUUUUCUGAUUAUUUUGAUGCUCUAUGUUGAUGAUAUACUCACUACUUCGAAUAACUAUGGUUGACUCAAAGGAGUUAUUUUUCGAAUGUGGUGAAUUUGUUUGGCAUGAGUAAUGUUAAAAUAUUGAUCACUCUUCUAGCUAGUCAUUUCAAAUUAUCUAUUACUCAGUGUUUGACAUAUGAAAAAGAUAUUACUGAGAUGAAACGAAUUCCUUAUAUUAGUGUAGUUAGUUCUUUCAUGUAUGUUAUAGUCUGUAUCAAAUUAAAUAUUGUUCAUGUAGUUGGGCUCAUGAGUAAGUUUAUAAACAAUCUAAGAAAGGAGCAUUGAAGUGUAGUGAAGUAGAUUCUCUGAUAUCUAAAGGAUUCUUUAGAUUUCGAAAUCCAUUUUAACUGGCAAAGUUGUCUUUCUAUUGUUGGUUUUAUUGAUAUAAAUUUUAUCAAGAAUUUAGAUCAUCAAAGAUCUACGAUGAUAUAUAUUUUUACCAUGACUGGUGGAUGUGUCAACUGAAAGUCUACACUUCAUACUACUGUUACAUUAUCUACAAUUGAGGCAGAGUACAUGACAACUACUGAAGCGACCAAGGAGGUCGUGUGAUUGAAAGGAUUAUUAAGCAAACUUGAGAUCUAACAAGGUGAAGUUUUUUUACAUUGUGACAGUCAAAGUAUUAUUUGCUUAGCAAAGAAUUAGGUCUAUCAUGCACGAUCUAAAUAUAUUAAUAUGUGGUAUCAUAAGAUCUAUGAGUUGGUGGAUUCUAAAGAUAUCUCUCUAGAAAAGAUUCACACGAAGGAGAAUGUUGUGGAUAUGUUGACAAAAGUUGUCAUAUUGAAUAAGUUCAAAUAUUAUUUGAAUUUGAUUCAUGUUAUAGAUAUCUUAUAGAAGGUGGAGAACUUGCAGUAUAGACGAACAUUAACUCCGGAUGCAAUGAUGAUGGCUGUCAAGGUAGAGUUUGUUGGUGGUGUCAGUCCAUCAUGGCUACCCAUUCGAGAGAUGUACGAGAGAAGCUCUCCCAUCUCAACUAUUUGAGAGGUGUAAGAGAGCUCUCCCAUCUAACUCGCUCGAAAGGCAUGUGAAGAGUAAGGAGGUGGUGACAUAGUGGUCACGUCGACCCUUAUGACCUGUUAUGAGGGUCAUGUAGAGAGAAAGAAUGAGGGUGGUUGUAGCCGUUAUAUUUGAUAUGUAUAGGCAUAACUACAUGUAAAUCGAGAUGCUUCUUUUUAGAGAGUAAUUAUAUUUUUCUAUUUUUUAUAAAUAGGACAUAUAUUUCCUCUUCUUUGAUUAUGAUGGAUGACUAUUUCUCUCUUGAGUCUAUUCUUUUUCUCUAUCAACUCUAUUCCUUUUCUUGAUAUCUUCUCUUUCGUCUAUUACAAGUGAAGUCUUUAUAGAAGGAAAUAAGAGUUCAUUAUUGACUCUCUAGUGUGUGAGUCAUCUCGAGGGCAUCGAGACGUGAAUUAGAAGUACUUAGUGAAAGUCUUGUUCUCAUUGAUAUUUAGAAAUUGAGUUUUCAUUGUUAUUGAGAUUCUAUACUUACAUAUUUUCUCUUACAUACUUUGUUGCGCAUCUAUUGGCUCCUUCUUGUCCUUCUCUGUCAACAUCUGAGCUAGUCUUCAAGCGCCCUUUCUACGCCAACUUCCUUUGCUUCUGCUUCAAGAGCUUUGAUGUAGUCGUCUGGUCAUCUGUGGCAAGGUGCGUGCUGCUUCUCCUGUUCUACAGAUGCGAAACAUAAGAGGCUCUGCCGAUUCUUGUCCUCACUGAUAACUUAAUGGGUGUUCCUCUUCCCAGGUGGAACCUGAUGGGCAUCAUUGAGUGUGUCAUGGGGGGCCUGGCAGACCGCCUCCUCUUCAUCUGGGUGAGCCCUGGCCCUGCCGAUAGAGUCGAACUCUCCCUCUGUGCCACUGGAAGGCUGAGUGUUCUCUCUCUCUCUCUCUCUCUGUGGCGCCGCAGGAUUAGAGCAACUGCACGGACACGGGGUUCAAGACGUUGGAGAGGGGCGAAAAGCCCCUGUUCUUAAAUGAGCUGAGGAAGCUUUGGGAUGAGCGACGGAGCUUCUCUGAAAAGAACACCCUGCUCGUCGACUACAAGCCUCUGCUCAACCCGGUGAGCAGCCGCACGCUCUCUCUUCACCUCUCCUCCGGCCGACUUAUGGCAAGCGCUGACUCGAUCUCCUCCUGCAGCCCAACACCGGCAUAUUUCCCAGCCCCUACGACGUGAGCCAAACCGAGGACGCCGAACUAGGCGAGUUCCUUCUCUCCCCUCACCUUCUCGUAUGUGCUUCCUCGCUCCAUUUCUCGUGACCCUAGUUCACCCCUCGUGCGCUGCAGGACCAGACGGGGAAAUGAGGACCUUUCUUGAAGGCCUAGCUGCGGCGGAAACGGAGGUGCCAUCCUACGUCGCCUCUCACCGUCUUGGGCAGGAACCCAUCACCGCAGUGCACCCCGACUGGAAGUUCUACUCCCGUGUGCUCCGUUCGGCUGGCGCGAGCUCCACCCGGCCCUCGGCGGAGCCUCCGACGCGCCGUAAAACGGGAAACGUCCGCGCGUCCCCUCGGAGCAAAACUUAGUUUCAUGGGCUUAGCUAUCUUUUGCGCAGUGUAUUCUCCCUAAUCUCGUGCAAGCAACUACUCGUCUAUAAGGUGUGUGUUUCUUCAUACUAUGUCUCUCUUUCUCCCUAUUACUCAUCGUAGAUGCAUGCUGCAUUGUCCUGAACAACUGGUAUCAAAGCCUUUGAUUCUAUAAUACUUGUUCUUGGUGUGCUUCAAGAAGAUCCAAUACUUUCUAUGCGUUUGGCUUGAACCAAGGUGACAUGAAAUCAAGAAGAUUGAUCCAACUUGAUAGCUAGAUAAGAUGAUAAAAUUUGAGAUCCAAAGACCUCGUGGCAUUUUUGUUAGUGGAUUGCAGGAAUGUUGUGGAACUUUGCUAAAAGGGUUUAAUGGAUGUCAUUUUAAGUGGAUUUUUUUUUUUUGAGUUGGACCAUUUUGGUUACCAAAAUAUUGCUCAAUCAUAAUUAUAUUUUACCAAAAUAGUGGGAGUAAGAUUAAAAAGAGGGAUUCCAUAAUGUGGGAGACUAUAAUCUGAAUAAAAUAAUUCAUUACUCCACUAAUUAUACAUGA